AACCCGCAGACAGAAAGUCACCGGGAGUGAGGAGUUGAGAGCACAGGUCCGCUCCGCCAUCUCCAAAACGUUUACGCACGGCGCAGCAGCAUUCCGCCUCCCUCAGUCUCUCUCUCGCUCACACACUCUCUCUCCUAGUCUCCCGCUACUCCUACCCGAAAAAAGAGAAGAGAGGAAAAGGGAUCCACGACUAGCAGCCGGCUGGCUCCACUCUGAAGGACCGGGAGCCGCGCACGGAGCAGCCUCUGUCCCAAACCACCGCGCUUUGCAUGCGGUGAAGCAGUUAAAGUGCGGAGAGAAAGAGGAGAACGUUUUAUUUUAUUUUUUAAACCCGUGGACAGACCAGGGCGCACGAGGACUGAAUGGUUGAUCCCAGCCCUCCGGCGCUGCACCUCCUCUCUGGCGGGAAUGUCAGCAUGGCAGGUGUUGGUAUCAAAGAAGAACAGGAGGAGUUUUGUGAAGGAGGCGGAGUCAUUACCAUCGUGGAACCCCCGAAAACAUCUCCCUCACGCGAUUGGUCAGGAAGUCAGCCACUGGAGGCCCGCCAACUAACCCCACCGCUGUCCCGCUCCCCUUCGGAGGGCUCGCCAGGUAAGGAGCUGACUCACAGGCAGAGCCCCAUGGGACUCAAGGAGGUCAGGAAGCAUGAUCGACCAGAAGUGCAAUCCAACUUCAAGGAAGGUUUUGUGUCUGCACACGCCCGAGCCCGAGAGAAAGUGAUGCCCACCAUUGAGAAGCUGCUGAAUGCUAACUGGAAGGAGAAGCUUCUGGAUAAAAGCACAGUGGGGGCAGGACAGCUGAAAGGUACCCCCGAGUCUCUUGCAGAGAAGGAGCUCCAGUUGUUGAUGAUGAUCAACCAGCUGAGUGGUCUGAGGGAGCAGCUGCUGGGGGCGCACUCUGAGCAGAGGAACAUGGCCGCCCUGCUGCUGGAGAAGCAGCAGCAGCAGAUGGAACUGGCUCGACAGCAGCAGGAACAGAUUGCCAAACAACAGCAGCAGCUGAUCCAGCAGCAGCACAAGAUUAACCUGCUCCAGCAGCAGAUCCAGCAGGUGAACAUGCCCUACGUGAUGAUCCCGGCUUUCCACACCAGCAGCCAGUCCCUCCAGGUCACCUCUGACUCCCAGAUGACCCUGCCAUUGCAACCAAUCCCCUGCAAGCCAGCCAUGGACUAUCCUAUGCAGCUGCUACCGAACCCUCACCCCACCCAAGUGAAGAGGAGCAGUUCCUUCCGACAGGAGGCGAGUCAACCAUUGAACCUGACCUCCAAGCCAAAGGGGAUGGAGCAAGGGAAGACGCCCAGUCCACAUAGCCUGGAGCUGGGAUCCCUGGCACUGCAAGGGGUUUACAGACUGAGGGAUCUCCAGAGAGAAGUGUCCCACAGUCCACCCCGAUCUGCCCUCAGUUUCCUUGGAGACGGCGACGUGGUCACCCAGGCCAUCCACGAUGCCCAGCUGCUCCUGAAGAGCAACAGCAGCGGCGGGCGAGAAAGAGAGAGAGACGGCGGGGAAAAGAUGGAUUAUAAAGAGUCUCCUCACAGCGAGAGAAUUUCUCACUCCGCGCGGGGUGACGUCAGACAUGGCCGGCCCAGCACAGAGGACCACCUCAGCAGUGACUCUGAGGGUGCUCUGUCCGUUUCUGUCCCAGGCAGCUACGCUGAGGCCCGGCCCCCUCCCUCCUCCGUCCACAUUAAGAGACCCAUGAAUGCCUUCAUGGUGUGGGCCAAGGACGAGCGCAGGAGGAUCCUGCAGGCCUUCCCGGACAUGCACAACUCUUCCAUCAGCAAGAUCCUGGGUUCCAGGUGGAAGUCCAUGUCCAACCAAGAGAAGCAGCCUUACUAUGAAGAGCAGGCGAGACUGAGCCGGCAGCACCUGGAGCGCUACCCAGACUACAAGUACAAACCCCGGCCCAAACGGACCUGCAUUGUGGAGGGGCGGAGGCUGAGGGUGGGCGAGUACAAGGCCAUGAUGAAGAGCCGUCGGCAGGAACAGAGAGCGACCUACACGCACAGUCAAACAGAGCCCCAGCAGAUCCACUACUCCCACAGCGAUGGACAGUACGCUGGCAGCGCUGGCCCGGUGUCCGUGGCAACCAUGCCUUUUCACCCCGCGUUACUGGAGCAUUACCUGCCACAGGUCCCGCCUGCCCCACGUCGAGUGGAAGCCCACGUCACGCCCACUUCCCUGCCCAGGGAGAGGGAGAGGGAGCGAAAGAGGGAGCAGCCUCUGUACAGCGAAGGAGAGGAAAGUGACGGGGGCGAAAGGAGUGAGGGAGAACUGGUGCUCCUGACAGACUGAAGGUGGGAGACCUGAAGAAGAAAAGAAAAGGAAGAUGGAAGCGAGGGAUGGGAGGGUCUGCGAGGGUCGCUUUGGAGGAAGUAGUGCUCUUUGUUGACAGCCGGAGAGGAUGAAUAGAGAAUGAACCAAGGAAACCCGGGAGGGAUGGCUUGGUUGUCAUUGAGUUAGAAAAGUGCUCCUCUGUAAGGAAAUGUCACACAUAGUCCCUUGUCAAUUAGUAGUCUCCAGCAAAAAUCAGCCCUACACACACACACACACACACACACACACACACACACACACACACAAACAUAUAUAUAUAUAUAUAUAUAUAAAGGUAAAUUUGUAAACCCUUAUCUUAGUUAUUUCCCUUCAUAGGCAUCAUUUCAUCCGCAGCUUUGUAUUAGAAUACAGAAUUUGAAGUUUUAAAGUCAUUAAUGUAAUUUUUAUGGUUUAAUCCCUUACACUGCUUUUUUUAACUCAACCAUGUUUACUUGGUUAAAAACAAAAUACCCACAGGGUUAAGGUUCACCAGAGGAAAGUGUAGAAUGAACCAUAGAAGUUCCACAGAGUCUGUUGAAGGAGCAGCCAAGCAACGUCUAUGGCUGGAGCAGUAGGCCUACAAGUUGGAUGUGUUCAGUGUGUCAGUACUGCCCCCUGCUGGUAACGGUUGGUUACAGCUAAAUGAAGACAAAUCAUAUGAAGACAUACGUCUAUUAAUGUAUACUGUUACAUCCAACCCUGAUUACUCAUGGCUCACAUUGUCGGGGUUUGAAGAGAGUUAUAGAGAAUUAUACAAACAUCUCAUAGGUGCUAUACUGGUUAAAAAGCAGCGUCAAUGGAAAAAAGUUAGACCUGCACGCUGGUUCCAAAACACAAAAUACUGUAUAUUUAUAAGGACAGCAUUGCAAUCAAAGUCAGACCUUUUGCUCUGCUGAAGGUACACAAUAGACCUAAUGAAGAUGAAUUGCACUCGGAUCAAAAUGUCUUGGAACCAUUUUGUGCUUUGGAGUCAGUGUGCAAACAUUAUUGGAUUUGGGCAAGUUAUAACAUCGAUUGGAUUUUAAAGAAAGACAUGGGAGGGGUAUUUUCCGCCUUCAGUAUUACAUUUGCAAAUUGCAAAGGGACAGAUUAGUUUAAAAUAACAAAAGGUCAAAUAUGAAGAGGCAGAUGUUAAACCACCAAACACACUGGAUCCUACAAUUCCCACAAUGCUAAUUGACACUGUCUUUCAUUAGAGAUGGGAAGAAUGUAACUUUAUGUUGUAUCUCUCUGAGCAUAAAGUGUGUCUCUAAAUCAGUCUCUAAAAAAACAAAAAAAACAUGGCAGGUAUCUGGUAAAUUGGUGGUUCAACACAGAAGAACACCGGAGUAAAUUGUCUAGUUCUGGGAUCACUUAUUGCACCUAUUGGUUUACAAUCCAAUAUCAAUGAAAUCAUUUUUAACCCUAGCACCCGCUGUGGCCCGAAUAAUAUGCAGCACAUCGGCCAACUCCUCUUCCUCGCCCUCCCGACAUCACACUGUACAGUUGAGCUGUGCUGCGUUAGCCUGUAUUUGUGUGUCUAUCAGUUCUCUCUUCAUAGCACGGUGGGUCGACCUGAGCCCCACCUGUUUUUUUAUACCUCUGUGUUUGAUUCUUUGAGUGUUUAUUGAUUGUCGUGUUAAGACACCUCCUAUCUUUGUAUUCAAAUGUCUUUUAAAACGCAGCCUUCCGCACUACUGCAAGAAAUAUUCAAAUGAAAGAUGUUUUUUUUCUCUUGAAAAAAGACAUUCAAGAUUUUCCAAGAAUCGUAAUUUUCUUGCUGCUGGUGCAUUGGGCCUCGUUCCGGGGGAUUGACAUUCUGACAUUUUUUUCUAGAAUUUCCGGAAGCUUCACUGGAGUUGGUUUCUGACUUGAAGACUGAAUAUGAAACUAAAUGUUUUUUGCAGUGACAUAUCAGUCAGUAGGCUAAACAGUUGUCUUCUCAUUUCAUCUUUUACUUUGUUCCACAAACAACUAACAGAUAAAACAAAUAAUCCUGGAGUCCCUGUUUCACACUGGAGCAGAAGCUGCUGGUGGAUUUAGCAAAAAAAGUAAAAGGGACACACUUAGUUUUACAUAGACUUGAACCACUGGUCAAAUGAUGAGAACGAGACACCAACAAUAUCCACAGGGCCCCAUUGGCUGUGUUGCUACAUGACAAAAAAUUAUGAUUUAUUGAAGCACUUAGCAAAGGCCUAUAUGUUCUUAGAAAUUAAGGUGGGAUUUGUGGAUGGGUGUAAUCACACUAAACUGGUUGACUUGGACAUUACACCUGAAAACCACAAUUCCUUCUGUUGUAGAAGCUUAUACAAGUUUGUUUUGUACAUGUUAGCCUUUUGGUUAGACAUGUUGAUUUGUGUCAUGCUGCAGACUGUGUUUUAAACUUGAACGAUUCAAGUGAGAGCACCACCUUAAGAGUGGUUGUAUUUUGGUUGGAUAACUUCAAAGGAAGCAAGAUAGCCUUUGUUCCAACAAGCAUGGUACCUGAUGCUAACGGUUUGCUUUGUGCUAAGUGGAUGUACAUUCCAAAAUAACUCAGCAACGGAGAAAUGCUGAGUAAUCUGAGACAAGCAGUAGCUUAAUUAGCAUUCCGGUGCAGUUCAAACAACAUGUAAGACAAAAAAAGGCUAAGUAGCCUCCCAGAAUCACUUAUCAGCAGCUCAAUAUGAGGCCACGUCAAGUAAAUACAAACAUAAUGAAACAUGUUAUAACCUCCUCUACAGCAUGAUCACUUUAUAGCAUGUUGCUAUUAUGUCGGUGUCUUUGUUCUCAUCACUCAAUAAACGUGUUGACCGGUGGGACAAUGUAACAAAAACUCAACACAAGUUUGACAAAUCAAAAAAGCGGGGAAAGGGAGAUACCAGACGUCAGGGCUGUGUAGAGUGAAGAUGCUGGAUUACGUGUACAGAGAUAGAUAUCAGAGGAAAAUGUUUAUCUUAUUUUGGUGGAGACACCCUGAGGAGUCUCUGGCCGUUACCCCUGCUGAUGUACAUAUAAAAAGAGACUAUUUUGUUUAUAAGAGCUUGUGUAAUUUAAAGGUGUACAUUUCUCUAUGUUUUCAGAGUUGUGUUUUUUUUCUUGAAAGACAAUAAAUUGGUUGUGUAAA